UCGUAAACAUGGCCGGUUGAGAAACGUGAAUGAACAACAUGCCUCGACUUUCAGCACUUCGGGUCGGGUUUCCGUCCCUGGCUGGCCGCUCCUCCGGUGCCACUAAAACGAAGGUGGCCGUAGGGCAGGGGGUGCCUGCAAUAGCGUGGGCGGCUUCAUCAUUCAAGCCGCCAAUUGUCUGUCCGACUGAUUGUCCACCAGACAACCCCUACUGUAAUCCGAAACACCACGCGACGCAACACAGCGCAAUUCAAAGACGACUGCGAACUUCUUAUUUCAAUUCCCUUCGACGAGACUCUGUUCUCAAUCCGGUCGUCCCAGCGAGAAACUACGAUACCAGGCACCGCGCACAAUUACACGUACAAGCUGCCCACCAUGGCUACCAAAGGGAUGUGGGAGAUAGACCCGGAGACGAAGUCCAAGCUCGCUGCGAUGCAGAAGGAGAACAACAACAACAUCUGCAUCGAUUGUGGCGCCCCAAGCCCGCAAUGGUGUUCGCCCAAGUUCGGCAUCUUCAUCUGCCUCUCGUGCGCGGGCGUCCAUCGCGGUCUGGGUGUGCACAUUUCCUUUGUGCGCUCGGUUUCCAUGGACGCCUUCAAGCAGGCCGAGAUCGAGCGCAUGCGGCUCGGCGGCAACGACAACUGGCGCACGUUCUUCGAGAACCACUCCGACACCAAGAUGCGCGGAAUCACCUGGGACGAUGCGACGAUCGCGGAGCGAUACAGCGGAGAGGUUGGUGAAGAAUACAAGGAGAGGCUGAGCGCCAAGGUCGAGGGAAGGGAGUACGUGCCUGGGGAGAAGAAGCCACAACUCCAGCAGCAGCAGGAGACAAGUCAGAGUUCGAGCAGCGGCGCGGCUGGGGUGCCGUUGAGCGGCACGAGCAGCAGGACGGCAAGCCCCAAGCCGGGAACGACGAUCAAGGUGGACGACAAGUACUUUGCUAAGCUGGGGGCUGCCAACGCCAGCAGACCGGACAACUUGCCGCCUAGCCAGGGAGGAAAGUAUCAGGGCUUCGGAAACACGGUGUCGUCGCCGAAGAACGAUGGCGGCGCGAGCUUGCCGGGACUCGAUGAGUUGCAGAAGGACCCCGUGGCGGCGCUAAGUAAAGGGUUCGGAUGGUUCACCAAGACGGUGACCCAGACGGCGAAGACGGUUAACGAGGGUUAUAUCCAGCCUACGGCUAAGCAGAUAGCCGAAUCCGAGCUCGCUGCAAAAGCCCGUGUUGCGGCAGCGCAAGCCGCCAUUUCAGCACAGACUGUAGCACAGGCUGGCGCCAAAACCGCGUCAGAGAGCUUCAACCGGUUUGUCGAGGGAGGACCUUCCAACUCCCCUGGCGGCUAUAGGUCAGUUCCCUCUGGCGGUGGUGGCAGCAACUUUGACGAGAGCAAGAGGUCGUUCUGGGAUGAUUUCUCUAGCGUGGCGGACCAGAGAAAGGCAGCCGGUGGUAGCUCGAUCGGGACAGCAGUUAUGGGCAAGGGCGGAAGCGGUAGCUCCACUGCUCCUGCCCCAGCAGCUUCUAAGAAGGACGAGUGGGAUGAUUGGUAGAUGGUUUGUUGGUCUGUGGCGUUGUUGGAUGAAUAGCGAGGUGGAAGAGCGUGAAUGGAUCAUUUACAACGUAUAAUUGAAUGUCUAUUUCUUGUCAUUUGGGCUGAUACGGGUCAACUGCGCUGUGUCCAAGGUGAGGCCACCUUGUAGAGUUAAAAUGGUGUGUUUAGACUGAUGGAUAACUACCCCGAACCUACUCCGGCGUCGGAGGAUUCACAGCUAGGUUAUGAAGAUCGGAGAGGUGCUUAGAGAGGCAGGCGAGUGUCAGCUGGUGGUCCAUCUCUGUAAGCCGUAACAGGCUCUACAACGACGUUUUAUUUCAACAGGGUUAUUGAAGGAUAACACCGAGUGGCAUCGUCGUAGUAGUAUUGUCGAGGACUCGAGGUUAUCAUCAC